AUGUCAAACGACCUCUCCAACAAAGCCUUCAUCGUCACCGGCGCCGCAUCAGGAAUCGGGCUCGACACCGCCUUGACACUUCUCUCUCGCGGCGCGUCUGUCGCCCUGUCCGACGUCAACGGAGCGCAACUCGAAGCGCGCGUCAACUCCCUUCCCGCAGACCAAAAGCAACGGGCCAUCUGGCAGGUUGUCGACGUGUCUAACCGUUCUGCCGUACAGGCCGCCUUGAAGGAGACCAUCGAUGCGUUCGGAAAGAUUGAUGGCGUUGCUAAUGUCGCUGGGACAGGCGGACAUGCAAUCGGCGACGAGGCGGUCUGGGAGACGAGCGACGCUGAGUUUGACUUCCUCAUGGACGUCAACGUGCGCGGCACGUUCAACGUAUUGUCCGAAGCUCUCAAGCCUGGUGUGCUGGUCGAGGGAACGGGCAGCAUUGUGAGUGUCGGCAGCAUAUUCUCGAAGCGCGGGAUGCCGAGGGGUGCAGUGUUUGCGGCGAGCAAGCAUGCGGCUGAAGGCAUGGCGAAGAGUGCGGCGCUGGAAGCGGCUCCGAGAGGGAUCAGGGUGAAUGUGGUUUUGCCUGGCGCAAUUGACACGCCGAUGCAUCGGGCCAAUUUAGCGCGCUGGGGGAAUAGUCCUGUUCCGCCGAUUCCAAUUAAUCGGACAGGAGAGGCGCAGGAGGUCGCCAAUGUCAUCUGCUUCCUCCUUAGCGAGCAGAGUGGCUACGUCACGGGUGCGGCGUGGGAAGUUGACGGAGGUGCCAAUGCGUAG